CCUACUGUAGGUGGAGAGAGACGCCUGCUUUUAGUGUCAGGUUUCCUCACCUGCUGUCGACCUCGGUGCGUAAAUCCUGUCAGGAUGUCGUCGACAAUAAAGAAGGUAGAAAUCACUUAUAACUCCAUCAAUGCCAGCAAUACUUUUACAAACGGAGACAUUGUUUCUGGUCAAGUUUCUGUGGAAGCGGCCAAGGAUUGCCAGAUCAGCUCCUUCUACAUCAAGUUUAAGGGGAAAGCUGACGUCUUUUGGACGGAGACCUAUGGUCAGAACACUUAUUCGUACCACGCCAAAGAUAAAUACUUCAGCGUGCGGCAGUACUUCAUCAGAGACCCAAACAGCAAGGAUGACCAGAAAUCCUUGAUUGCACACCAAAGUGGAGAAACUUACUCCAACGUUGUGCCUCCAGGUAUCCAUGUGUAUCCAUUCUCCUUUCAAUUCCCUCUCCAGAAUAUUCCCUCCACCUUUAAAGGUGCAGACGGUAAAAUUGUGUACUUGCUGGAGGCUGUUCUGAGCAGGUCGAUGAAGAUGGACAGCAAAGAAUCAACCAUGAUCAACUUUGUGGCAAAAGGAGACCUGAACCCAGUUCCUGGAUUAAUGGAACCCCAACAUGAAACUAUGGAUAAGAAAAUGAAACUUUUCACCUCAGGAACUGUUGCCAUGGAUGUAAAUCUUGAAAAGUCAGGCUUUUUCCAAGGGGAAGGAUUAAAAGUUAAGGCCUUCAUUAAGAACGAUUCAUCUCGUGAGAUCAAGCCCAAAUACUGCAUAUACCGGAAGCACAGCUUCUUUGCCCGGGGAAGGAGAAGAGUUCACACAAAAGACCUCAUUAAAGAGGUUGGAAGACCCAUCCCUCCUAAAGCCUCAGAAAACGUCACACAGGUCAUCGCCAUUCCUCAGGAUGUGGAGCCCUCCAUCCUCAACUGCAGCAUCAUCAAAGCAGAGCACAGACUCAGGGUCUACCUUAAUGUGAAAUACGCUUCAGACCCAGAGAUCAAAUUUGACAUCAUCAUCCUGCCGGCCCAUCAGGUCCCUGCUGUGGCAACAGCACCAACAGCUGCUUCUGACUUUGGAAUCGGACCAUUUGGGAGCUAUGGAAAUCCAAACCCUCCCGUAUGGGGCUUUGGACCCCAACAACCACCACCGGCAUAUCAACCUGCUGGUCCUCCUCCUCCUUAUGGGGCACAUGGAAUGUACCCUCCUCUGAAUGAAUUUGAUCAUAAAUAUUAAACACCUUUACUGUUGCUUCUAAAGAGGAGAAAGAUAAAACCAAAAAUGUAUAGCAAUUUUAUGUAAACAGAACAUUUAUCACUGAUUCUCUGUGCUUUCAAUUUAUAUUUGGAUAAAAAUGUAAACUGCAGAGUGCCAUGUCUUAUAAUAAAUGUCUUUCUAAUAGUAA